AUGAAGUCUAAUCCAGACUCACCAAUAAUUUCAAUCAGUCCAAGACAUUAUAUCCAUGUGCUAAACUUGAAUACUCAUGUCACCUCACUUGUUGUUGGACCUAAGACGUAUGUUUGCCAACAGGAUGAAAAGAUUGUUCUCGGACCUGAGGAACUAACUGUCGUUCCGACGAUGAUGUACUGCGUGAUCCGAAACCCCGUUGUAACAGACAAAGACGGUGUUCCAGUAGUCGACAAAUUUGGACAGGUCAAAGUUCGAAUGGGUGACGAGGAGUACCGUUUCGCCCAAGAUCCUUUCCCAUUGUAUCCGGGUGAAACUUUAAAGGAUAUCGUCAGACCUCUACCUGUUGUUCUGCCAAACUCAGCACUCAGAUUGCGAGCAGUUUCGGAUUUUGAAGAUGGAAACGUCAAACGAAUAGCUGGAGAGGAAUGGUUGUUUGAGGGACCUGGUACCUAUUACCCCAGAAAAGAGGUUGAAAUUGUAAGAUGCGAGCAAGCCAAAGUAAUUAUUGUCAACUCUGCUCUUGUAAUGGAGGCCACAAAAGAUUGCGUCGAUCGAAGUGGUGUUCCUCGUGUUUAUGGUGAGCGAUGGUUAGUUACGACACCAGGUGCAUACCUCCCUGGUGUCUAUGAGCAAAUUGUCGACGAACGCAAAGCGAUUACACUAACAGACAGACGGGCGAUAUGUGUCAAAGCUGUCAAGUCUCACUGUGACAAAUUCGGGAAAUAUCGCAAAGCUGGUGAAGAAUGGUUAAUUACACACGAAGAUGCAGAGUAUCACAUUUGCAGUGCACUUGAGGAGUUUGUGAGAGAAGUCGAAGUUACAAUCCUAGGUGUCCAUCAGUUUUGUGUGGUAGUCAACCCUUGGGAUGAGAACGGUGUUCCUCAGUUAGGGAGAAAAUUAUUAGUGCGUGGUGAAAAGUCAUUCUUUCUGAGACCAGGAGAGUGUUUAGAAAGGGGUGUUCAAGAUGCUUAUAUUUUGCAGAAUGACGAAGGUCUUAUUCUUCGAGCUAAAGAACAGUUUGUCGACGAUAUAUUUGGGGACGCUAUAUCUGAGGAGGAGUCUGUGAAGCAGAAGAAAUGUAUACGUCGUCCUGGUGAUCGAUGGAUGUUACGUGGACCCAUCGAAUACAUACCUCCUGUUGAAGUGGAAGUGAUAGACCGUCGUAAUGUUAUUCCUCUCGAUUGUAAUGAGGGGAUCUAUGUUCGUAAUACACAAACAGGACAAGUUCGCGCUGUUAUUGGUGAAGCUUAUAUGUUAAAUCAAGAUGAAGAAUUAUGGGAGAAGAAACUCCCAUCUGAGGUUGUUCAGUUGCUGGAAAGUAAUAUCGACCCAUUUGCUGACCGUGGAGUUCGAUCAAUUCAAGACUCAGUUGACCGUCUUGACCCAACUCGUGUAGUUACUUUCCGCGUUCCACACAAUGCUGCAGUUCAAAUCUAUGACUACAAAAAUAAAAGGGCAAGAGUCGAGUUCGGACCUAAUUUAGCUAUGUUAGGACCAGAUGAACAAUUUACUCGUUUGAGCUUGAGUGGUGGGAAACCAAAGAAACCGAAUGUGAUUAAGAGUUUAUGUUUACUGUUAGGUCCAGACUUUUGUACAGAUGUUGUAAUUGUUGAAACUGCGGAUCAUGCUCGUUUAUCUUUGCAACUAUCGUACAAUUGGGUGUUUGAUGUCUCUCCAUCAUGCAGUGCAGCUGAUGCUGCUAAGUUAUUCUCAGUGCCUGAUUUUGUUGGAGACGCGUGUAAAGCUAUUGCAUCUCGUGUUCGUGGCACAGUUGCAUCCGUCCAAUUCGAUGAUUUUCAUAAGCACUCAUCACGAAUUAUUCGUGCUUCCGUAUUCGGAUUGGAUGAAGCUGGAAAGGUUCGGGAUCGAUUAGUUUUUCCUCAAAAUAAUCUGCAUAUUACAAGCGUGGAUGUACAGUCUGUGGAGCCAGUGGAUCAACGAACUCGUGAUUCGUUGCAGAAGUCAGUUCAACUUGCCAUUGAGAUCACGACCAAUUCGCAAGAGGCAGCUGCACGGUAA